CAAUAAUUUACAUCUAAAUAACAUUAAUAACUGGACACCGAGGAGUCAUUGAAGAGAAAAUCACACACCCGAGUCUUCAUCACAUAAAGCGUGAGCCUGAACAUCACACACACACACACACACACACACACAGUCUGGCAAUGCUUUUGUGCCACUGCGUGCAUUUUGGACUAUAACACUAAAGUUUGGCUUCUGGAGCACUCUUGCCCGUCCUCUUCUUGAAAGGUAUUUUGAUGUUACCAACAGAAAUCUCAGGAGGAGUGUGUUGUAGCACUAGUCAGCACUCCAAAGAAGGAAGGAACGGAAUGAAAACAGAAGAAAACCAAUCAUGUCUUCAGCAGGCCCCCUCCGCCACACCUUACCAGCACGUGGGAGGAGGUGAGGUGUGUGCAGGGUGCGAGUCUCCCAUCGCGGACCGCUUCCUUCUGCGCGUCAAUGAACUGUCCUGGCAUGAGACGUGUGUCAAGUGUGCAGUGUGUCGCAGCGCGCUGAGCGGGACCUGCUACUGUCGCGACCGCUUGCUUUACUGCAAGCAUGAUUACGAGAAGUUGUUUGUGCGGAAGUGCAGUGCCUGUAUGCAGGCGAUCAGCCGCUCGGAGCUCAUCAUGCGUGUGCUGGGACAGGUGUACCACCUGGGCUGCUUCAGCUGCUGCGAGUGUGAGCGCCGGCUGCAGAGAGGUGAUGAGUUUGUGCUAAAGGAGGGACAGCUGCUCUGCCGGGGAGACUAUGAGAAGGAGAGAGAGAUGCUGGCUGCCAUCAGUCCGGCCCCUACCGAGUCAGUAAAGAGUGAGGAUGAGGAUGGUGGUGGUGUCUCUGUUGGGGGGAAGGCUGGGGAUGAUGGGAAGGAGCACAAGAGAUCCAAGAGACCACGAACCAUCCUGACCACACAACAGCGGCGCGCCUUCAAGGCUUCCUUCGAGGUGUCUUCCAAACCCUGCCGAAAGGUCAGAGAAACUCUGGCAGCUGAGACUGGACUGACGGUGAGAGUCGUGCAGGUGUGGUUCCAAAAUCAGAGAGCAAAGGUAGGCUGGCAUCAUGUUUUGAUCAAUUCUGAAAACGUUCCUGUUUGAAACACUAGAUCUUGCUUCAUCAUGAUUUACCUAGGUAGAAAAGCAAAAACGCCAUCCUUGUUCUAUCAAUGAAUGAGUUUUCAGUG